AUGAGCGCGUCUGAGUUCGAUGCUUCUGACACUUUCGUCAAUGCCACCUCAGACGCUUGGUCUACUGAUAUGUUCCAUUUCACAACGAACAUCUCGUCCAAGGUGGCCUUUGGCAUCCGCCGUGCCAGUGCUGGAGACUAUCUUACCCAGCACAUUCUGGGCCUUGGAGCAAACUCUACUCUUCUGAGUAUGCUCAAGGAGGCUGGAAUCAUCGCAUCUCGUUCCUGGUCGAUGUAUUGGGGCAACUCUGGAGCGCCCGAAACACAGAACGACGGAGUAUUCGUCUUUGGAGGCUACGACAACACUAAAGUCACGGGGAAGAAUUACUCGUUCCCGCUUAUCUAUGACAGUCAUUGCAUCUCUGGAAUGGUUGUGUCAAUAACUGAUAUCUCGCUUACCUUUCCCAACGGCACCAAAGCCGAUCUAUUUGAUUCUGCCUCAAGUCUCCUGAGAGCGUGUAUCAUGCCGGAUUACCCUGUUCUUAUGACACUCCCACGCGAUCCCUAUUACCAAACUCUACAGUUCGUCGCGGGCAUCUCGGAAGUUCCUGAAAAACACUCUUUUGGUCUCAACUUUUACGGUGAAACUUAUUCGUCCGAAUACGAGUCAGUUGAUGACAACCCCGAGCCUUAG